AUGGCUGAAGCUGCACGCGAACAGCUCCUCGCGAGUUUGAAAGGCUUGCUCGCUUCAGGUGCGCAUUCCGAUUUUACUAUAACCUGCGGUUCGGACUCGCACAAGGUUCACAAGAACAUUGUUUGCUGGCGUGCGGACUUCUUUGCUCGGGCUAUCAAGUUUGGGGGCAAGGAAACCCAGGGAAGCAAUGUCGAUUUACCUGAAGAUGAGCCAGCCAUCGUCAAGCUCUUACUCCAAUACAUUUACGAAGGCGAAUACGAUCCUUUUCUUUUGGACAAGGAUACAGAUCUUGCUGCUGCUUUAUACUCUCCGUCAAUGUCUCCUACAUGGGGCAAGACACAGAGACGAAAGGAAAAGCUGAUCGUGGAGCGAAAUCUACGUGCAGAGCAACUUGCAGGGCUCCAUACCGCGCCAACAGACUCUUCCACUCCUACAACUGGUUCCGAGCAGUUACUCACUCAUGCCAAGAUGUACGAGAUCGCCGAAAAGUACGAUGUCGUGGGCUUAAAAGACCUUGUUAAGGAGAAGUACGACAGGGCAUGCUCAAAGUAUUGGAACGCGCCUUCUUUUGCCGCCUCGGCGUAUCACGUUUUCUCAACCACGCUAGAGCACGACAAAGGCCUGCGCGACAUCGUGUUCAAGACUAUCGCCACACACAUGCAAACACUCGUUAAGAAGCCGGAGGUCGAAACCUUGCUCACUGAAUUCAACGGGCUGGCAUUUGGUUUGCUCAAGAUGAAAAUUGACGAGGGUUGGAAUUGA